AUGUUCGCAGAUGAUAGUACUAAUAUAACAACAAAAGGUUCCAACGUAGAGGACAUUCAAACGCGUUUAAAUGAUGAUCUAGAACAGAUUCAUCAAUGGUUAUUGGCAAAUAAAUUGACUUUAAAUAAAGAUAAAACAGAAUACAUGAUAAUUGGUUCGCGACAAAGACUAUCAAAGAUUGAAACUGACCCUGUAAAUGAAUUAGGUGAAACAAAAAUUAAGCGUGUUAAGUAUUCGAAAACGUUAGGCAUUAUUAUAGAUGAUCAACUUUUGUGGAAAAAACAAGUGGAAACCACUGUAUUCAAGGUGUCUAAAGGUAUAGGUAUGCUGAGACGAAUAAAGAGUUGUGCCCCAAAAAGAACAUUGAUAAAUGUUUACAACGCGAUAAUACUGCCAUAUUUUGAUUACUGUAGCCUUGUUUGGACUAUAACUGCAGCGAAUAUCUGCGCGACAAAAUGCAGAAAAUGCAAAACAGGGCUGCAAGGGUCAUCACUGGUAGACCAUAUGAAAUAGCAACAAAAGAAAUAUUUGAGGAAUUAAAUUGGCAACCCUUAGCUGAUCGAUGGGAGAAAAAUAAGUUAUUGUUUAUGUAUAAAGCGAAAAAUAGUGAGCUACCAGAAAGUAUGAACCAACUGUUCGAAAUCGCUAAUAAACAAAACUACAAUUUACGCAGCAACGGUAAUGAUUUUCUUUUACAAAAGCCAAAAACAAAUUACCUGAAAAAAAGUAUCAGUUAUAAUGGAGCAAUAGCGUGGAACAAUUUGUCAAAUAAUGCAAAAGCAACAAAUAUGACAAUUGGCCAAUUUAAGGCUGCUCUCGACCGCAAAUAAUACGUGAUUUUCUUCUGUAAAUAUUUUUCUAUAUUUGAUAUUUCCUGCAUGUUAACUAAGUUACUUUAUAUUAUUCUGUAAAUAUCUUUCUAUUUGACAACAUUUCUUGCAUGUUAAAUCCUAAUUACGUUGUUGUGAUGUAAAUAAUGUAUAUUUUUAAUUUAAUAUUUUGUAAAUAUUUUAAACGGCCCCUUGGAAAUCAACUACCUAGGUGUGUUGAAGGGUUACCGUUUUUAAAUAAGAGUUAAUAAAAAUAAUAAUAAUGAAUAGUAUUAGCAAGAUAUGUUGCAUCUGCAUGCAUAGAUGAAAUAUCUUUAAAGACCAGCCUUAUUUAUGAUAUUUCUGCAGAUGAAGUCUUGGGAUUUGUAGAUUUAGGUGCUAUUAAGAAAUGUGAGCUCAUAGAAACAUCUGCCCUUGUGGUUAUGGCGUGUGGCAUGGCUGACAAAUGGAAGCAGCCACUUGGUUACUUUCUGGUGCAUGAAUCUUGCAAAGUAUUGAUAUAAAAAGAAUAUUGUUUGAUGCAAUGGACAAACUCGAUUCUAUUGGUCUGAAGGCGGUUGUCUGUGUUAUCUCUGAUUUGGGCUGAAACUUCCAAAAACUGACGAGGGAGCUAGGAGUGACACCAACACAAUCCUGGUUUCUUACCGAGUCUGGAAAAAGAUCAUCUUUCUUUAUGACCCACCACACCUCAUUAAGGCAGUCCGAAACAAUCUUAUGAAGUAUGAUUUCCACUUUGGUGGAGAAGUAGCUAGUUGGAAAGAUGUUAAGAGCUUGUAUGAUCGAGACUCGUCAUUGUCUAUUCGCUGUUGUCCAAAGUUGACUGACAAGCAUAUCAACCCAAAUGGGUUUACAAAAAUGAAGGUCAAACUAGCCACGCAAGUAUUAAGUCACAGUGUUGCUGCAGCUAUUUCCACAUAUGUAAGGCUGCAUGGGAGCCAUGUCGCGAGUUUAUCACAGCAUUUGAUAAAAUCUUUGACUGCCUAAAUAGUUCAUCUGUAAAAUGUCCUCAUGUAUCAGCUCAUGGUAAACUACACAGGAAAGCACUUUCUGAUAGUUCGGUCCAUCUAAAAUUUCUUACAGAUGAGGCCAUUCCAUUCUUAUCAUCUAUUAAAGUUAUUAAUAGAACCACUGGGGCUGAUGCCACAAACACCUUAAGAUGCUUAAAAGGAUUUCAAAUUACUUUGCAUGGUAUCCUGGCUUUAUGGUCUGAGUUGAGAAGUACUCAUUCAUUCAAGUUUCUUUUAACUAGGCGUUUGAACCAGGAUCCAUUGGAGAACUUCUUUGGCACUGUCAGACAACAAGGAGGCAAUUCUGGCAAUCCCACCCCUGGUCAAUUUCGCACGGCCUUCAAGAAGUUGUUUUAUGAUAACUUUCUUGUUUCUUCAGCAGGCAACUGCAAUGCAGAUUUUAAUUCAAUGUUGGUAGGAGCGCCAUCUCAGAAUGCGCUGUCUUCUCUCAGUAAAACCGUUCCUAAAACUGGGCCAUUUGGAGGGCUUUUGGCACCUGCAAGCAGUUUUGAUGACUAUGUUGUUACUCUUGAGGACACUUGA